GCAGCAACAAAUCAAUAUGCAAAUCAACUAAGGAGAAAAGCAAAUAAAAGGGUAAUCGAUAUUACCGUCAAUACGAGAUGAAAAAACCCAAUCAAGAAAUCCAAUCUCCAAUCCACACUAUGAUCGUGACAAAACAGGAAAAGGAAUCAAUCCUCUCCCUGAUUCAGCUCUGCGAUUCCAUCUUCUACUGUUGAAAAUGUCUUGCUGUGGAGGAAACUGUGGCUGCGGCGCAGGUUGCAAAUGCGGCAGUGAUUGCGGCGGCUGUAAGAUGUUUCCAGAUGUCACCGAGAACAAUACUAGGGAUACUCUUGUUCUGGGCGUCAUUGUUACCAGCAAAGUGAACUUUGAGGAAUCUGGUUUGGCUUCAGUGUCGAAAUCCUCUGCAAUGGCUUCACCUCCGAUACUGAGCCGGUGGUUAUGGAGUCAAAACCCCUAGCAGCGCGAAACAAGAAGCUCUGGCGAAAUCUGCUCUGAUACCAUGUAAAGUGAGGCGGAAGUGGAGGGUGCAAAACCAGUUACCGAGCUGCUCACCUUUAGCAGCAUAUAAAUAUUAGGUUAUAUAAAAUGUAAAGUUACAUAAAAGCCCUUAAUAUAAAACAAAAUUACAA